AUGACAUCCAGAGAACCAAAGACCAGCCUCAAAAAUGCCUACCCAUCUGCCAAGAGGUCAUCGCUCAACGAGGAGGAGGGGGAGGCAGAGGACUACUGUACCCCUGGAGCCUUUGAGCUGGAGCGUCUCUUCUGGAAGGGCAGUCCCCAGUACACCCACGUCAAUGAGGUCUGGCCCAAGCUCUACAUUGGCGAUGAGGCGACGGCGCUGGAUCGCUACCAGCUGCAGAAGGCGGGUUUCACACACGUGCUAAAUGCAGCCCACGGCCGCUGGAACGUGGAUACGGGGCCCGACUACUACCGCGACAUGGCCAUUGAGUACCACGGCGUCGAAGCCGACGACCUGCCCACCUUUGACCUCAGUGUCUUCUUCUACCCUGCGGCCGCCUUCAUCGAAGAUGCGCUUAGCCUUGAACACAAUAAGAUCCUGGUUCACUGUGCCAUGGGCCGCAGCCGGUCGGCCACCCUGGUCCUGGCUUACCUGAUGAUCUACAGGGACAUGACUUUAGUGGAUGCCAUCCAGCAAGUGGCCAAGAACCGCUGUGUCCUCCCCAACCGCGGCUUCCUGAAGCAGCUCCGAGAAUUGGACAAGCAGCUAGUGGAGCAGAGGCGGCAGGCCCAAGGCCAGGCCGGGGAGACCGCCAGCGAGAAGGGGCUCUAG